ACGGAUUCGAUCAAGUGAUCGGUUGUAAAAAUCAAUUGACGGCCUCUUCUCCGCAUAAUUUCCGGCAACGCAGAGCCGGAGCCUUUUCUCAUCUACGGACCAGCUCGAGAUGGCAGCCAUAGCUAGCGAGUAUCAACGCUACGAUGGCACUUUGCCAAUACCGCUUCCGGCGCUGCCAAAGAGCCACUUCAACCAGCAGUCUAUCGAGGUACCUGGGACCAAGCAGCCCGGGCAAACAGCCCAUUAUCGGAACGCAAUUUGGCCAAAUCUCGUGACAGUCGACUCGCAUCCCAGCUUUCCAAAGACGUCUUACGAAGUCUUCAAUCGAGGUCUUGCGCGUGGGCCGGAGCGCAAAUGCCUGGGUCAUCGACCGUGGAACUACACGACAAACGACUUUGAGAACUUUCUCGAGUGGCAGAACUUUGGUCAGGUGGAUCGACGCAGAACCGACAUCGGAUCUGCUCUUCGUCAGCUGGCCAUCGAGGGAAAGCUUGGGUUGCCUGCCGGGCAGUUAGACGGCUUCACUUGCGCCGUUUGGGCUGUCAAUCGACCCGAAUGGCAGCUCGCCUCUCUCGCCACGGCUGCGUACGGAAUGCGAUAUACUUCACUUUAUGACACGCUCGGCCCGACUGUAGUCUCCUACUGUAUCACGCACUCGGAAGCCGCCGUCGUCUUUGCCGAUCCUGCCCACAUUCCUGCCUUGCUCAAGAUGGCUGACCAAUGCCCAUGCAUGAAGGUUAUUGUCUCGCUUGACAACUUCGAUGCUAUAGAUCUCAAAAAAGGCGGACCGGGAGCUGGCGCGCUGAAGAAGAGCGAAGUGCUUAAGCAAUGGGGCGCGAGCAAAGGCGUCCUGAUCUACGAUCUGGCUGCUUUUGAGACUCUCGGCCGAACGCACCCUCACCCGCAUACACCGCCCAAAUCGGACGACAUUGCCUCGUUCUGCUACACCUCGGGCACGACUGGUAUGCCAAAAGCUGCCGUGUUGAGCCAUCGCAACCUUGCGACUGCAGUCAUCUCUAACCUACACGGCAGCGAUCUGGAUCCCGAUAAUGCUGACGAGCUCUUCAUUUCAUACCUACCCCUAUCUCACAUCUACGAGCGCUUCGUCGAGGAGAUCGCCUUCUUCUUGGCAAUCCCCAUUGCCUACGCAUGUGGCGACAUCCUGCGAUUGCUCGAAGACUUUCAGAUCAGCCAGCCCACAUGGAUCGUGUCUGUUCCGCGCGUGCUCAAUCGUAUCUACUUGGCCGUCAAAGCCUCGACGGUCGAUGCGCCCGGUCUGAAGGGCAAGCUCUGUCGCCGCGCCAUCAAUACGAAGCUGCACAACUUCGAUACCACAGGCGAGGUCACUCACCCUCUCUACGAUCGACUCGUACUGCGCAAGGUCAGAGCAGUACUCGGCGGGCGGGUGAGACAGAUUGGCACAGGCUCCGCUCCCAUCGCGCCAGAUGUGCUUAAAUUCAUCAGCGUUGCCUUUUCUGCAGAAGUCACAGAAGGCUUUGGCGCGACGGAAAAUACAGGAUCAGCAAGCAAGAUGAUCGUGGGUGAUCGAACAGGCUAUGGCUCCGUCGGCGUCAUACAGCCUUGUCUAGAGUAUAAGCUCAUCGACAUCCCAGAGAUGAACUACACCUCUGAUGAUAAGCCUCAACCUAGAGGAGAGCUUUGCAUUCGGGGUGACGAGAUCAUCACACAUUACUACAAGGACGAGAUCAAAUCAAAGGAGACUGUUGACGAAGACAGAUGGCUGCAUACUGGCGACGUUGCAGAGAUUGACAAAUACGGUCGCAUCAAGAUCAUCGAUCGAAAGAAGGCGAUACUGAAGCUCUCGCAAGGCGAGUAUGUUUCACCCGAGAAGGUCGAGGGAAUCUACGCGCUUUCGCCACUGACACUCCAAGUCUACAUCCACGGCGACAGCUUGCGCGACCACCUCAUCGCUUUCCUCGUACCCGAUCCCGUCAACUUCCCUCAGUUCCUCAAGCGCGUCGCCGGUUGCGACAUGUCAAUCGAGGCAGCAUCGAAAGAUACUCGAAUCGUUGACGCUACACUGAAGGCACUCAACGAAGUCGCCAAGCAGCAGAAGCUACGAGGAUUCGAAAUCGCUAAGCAGCUCGCCAUUGUGCCCGAAGCCUUCACUGCCGAGAAUGAUCUGCUCACGGCAACGAGCAAGCUCAAGCGUAACGUCGCUCGCCAGCGCUUCGGUCCCACCGCUGCUGAGCUCUACAAUAAGUACGAGCGUCCCGCCAAACUCUAGUCCAUUCACGAAAGAUUCGUCUGUGCGCAUGGGCUGCAUCGUUUGCAUUGCGUUGUACAAAAGGAUGCAAAACAGCCUGCGGUUGCAAUUGUU